AUGGAGACUGAUGAUGUACCUCCCGUGGCACCCCAAGAAAAUCUCGACGAUACGCUUGGAGACCUCGGCAGCUCACCGCAGGUAGUAGCCUCAUCACACCACCCUCACCACAACAACGGCGCACACGAGCACGAGCCACAAUCACCGAGCGGCCCAUUACACCAACAACAGCACCACAACGACGAUCCGGCGGCCACGCGGUACACGCCUCCUGUGCCCGGUAACAGCGGUGGCAGCAGCGCACCGCAGUCGGCAGCACCCGGGUCGCGAGCUGGGAGCGAAAUGUCGAACCAGUCGUCGCAGCACCACGGCGCGCACGGCGACUACGGCGGCAGCCGCCAGGGCUCGGGCGAACCCGCGGCCUCCAACGGCCGCAAUCACGUCGUCAUCAAGGUCGGCAUGGUCGGCGACGCCCAGAUCGGUAAGACGUCGCUCAUGGUCAAGUACGUCGAGGGCAGCUGGGACGAGGACUACAUCCAGACGCUCGGCGUCAACUUUAUGGAAAAGACCAUUUCGAUCCGCAACACCGAGAUUACCUUUUCCAUCUGGGACCUUGGCGGCCAGCGCGAGUUUGUCAACAUGCUUCCGCUGGUUUGCAAUGAUGCCGUCGCCAUCCUCUUCAUGUUUGACCUCACGCGCAAGAGCACUCUCAACAGCAUCAAGGAGUGGUAUAGACAGGGUCGUGGUUUCAACAAGACGGCAAUUCCCAUCCUGGUCGGCACAAAGUACGACCACUUUGUCAACUUUCCAAUCCAAGAUCAGGAGGAAAUUUCCAAUCAGGCGCGACGUUUUGCCAAGGCGAUGCGAGCCGCUCUCAUCUUUUCCAGUACCAGUCAUAGUAUCAAUGUGCAAAAGAUCUUCAAAAUCGUCCUAUCCAAGGCUUUUGAUCUCAAGUGCACGAUUCCCGAAAUCGAAAAUGUCGGCGAGCCGCUACUCCUGUACCAAUCAGUCUGA